CCUUCGUGCUUUCUCUCAUGCUUUCUGUACUGCUUGCACAAACUUGACAUUGUCCCUCUCGACUCUGGACCCGGCGUAAAGGGCCUGAAAGCGCUCCAAUCGUGGUAGGCGCUGGCGGACAAUAUGAGCGGCUUGAGUCCAAUUCAACGCGAGUCGCUAGCAACCAAGCCACGACGUCGCAUCCUUUCUUGCAACUCGUGUCGACGCCUCAAAAGUCGUUGCGAGUAUGAUGUGCGGUUCAAUUCCUGUCAUCGGUGUCAUAAGCUGAGGUCAGAAAUGAACUGCCCUGGACAUUUUCAACUUUCUCAACCGUAUCAGGAUCAAUUGCUCGCUCAAACGAGAGGGUCUGCCCGAAGGCCCGAUCGAAGUCAGCCACGACAACAAGAAUCUUGAAAAUCAUGACAGGUUGGCUAGACUGGAAUUUUCGGUCGCUGAAACAAAGCAUUCCGUCGACAAAAUCUUGAAUUUCCUCCAAGAGCAUAUUAAAGGCUCACCCGAGCCUCUCAACGAUUUAUUUGGCCAGAAUGCAAGUGGAGAAAAAGGGCCUUCAGGCUCUGAAGAUCCGUCGAAUAUGCCAGAUUUCCCACCAUUGGCCAGGGUACAGAAUGGCCUGAACGAGUCUGCGCCAAUUUUGAUGGUCAGACAAUACCGCUCAAGCACACGUAGGCUUUACAAAGAACCAGGCAAGGAUAUCAUCACCAAGCAGAUACUGUCGGAAGAUAUUGCCAACAGACUGUUCUCAAAAUUUGUGAGCCGUCUCGGACACAUCAUACAGAUCAAGCUGAAUGAAGACAUCACGAGUGAGCAAUCCGUUCGGCGUAGCUCGCCGUUACUCUACGCUGUUUGCUGCCUCAAUGGGCUGCGGUUCUGCGAUCAACCCGACUUGAUCAAUACUAGCGAUCACAGGCAGCUUUAUGAAGAAGUCAGAGACAUGCUUGGCCAGGUCGUUCUUGCCAGCCCAUUGCCGGUGGAGGAACUAUAUGCGUUGCUAAUCAUGUCUACAUUCGAGGCCGCCCCUAGACCUGCCUACGAAUAUAUCGAAAGCUGGCUGUUAAGUGGCAUCUGUGCACAGCAAGCCAUCUCAUCCAUCAACUUUGUCCAGAUACUAGGCAAUUUGACCAUGGGAAGACAUCAGAGCAAGGACAAGCAAUAUUUGUCCUUGUGGAACAACAUUUGUCUCGUCAAUCUCAGGUUCGCCGUCGGAACGGGUAAGCCGACCACUAUUCCCUGGGAAUAUAUUCAGCACUGCCCAUCUAUUCUUAACCACCCGCAAGCUUCCAUUGAAGAUGGUAUAAUACUUGCAGAAAUAUUGCUUUUGUCGGUGUUGUGCGAGAAGCCCAGGUCGUCAUUGUUGCUCGAUCGAGACGGCCAAAGUCGGGAUCUAGCGGCUUGGGAGCAGAGAUGGGCACACCUACUGACUUCGCCUAAAGCAACAUUGCUUAAGUUCUGUCGCGAAUUUGCAUACCUUUUGCUGGCUAUGCGCACACUCGAGAGACACCGUUCUCAGAAUAGCCCAAAGGGACAGAAACAGUCUGCCCCUGAUGGCGCCGACGCCAACGUGAACGUCGACAUGGAUGAUUCCGGUUUGCCUAUCGAUACUUUCCAGAGCUACGCACGGGACCACGCCCUUUCCAUGGCCCAGAUCUUCCUGGAAAUGUCCGCUUCCCUUGUCGAGGAAUUGCCUAAAUUUCACCUUAUCUCCAUUGCCUACUGCCUUCUUGUCCUGUCUGAUUGCACUGAAUGCCUGCGCAACGCGCUUCGAGAGGACAUCGCGCAGACAAUUGAUGAUGUUUGCAGACAUUACUCCCGGGCCACACAUGAUCUACCUGCGGCAAUGAGUGUUGCUAUGGAGAAACUUAAGCUCGGCCAAGGCCAGAUAUUACCCCCAAGACCGACCAGACACCCUACUAAAACCCGUACUUCGACGCCUUCCUUCAGGCCAGAUCAAGCGCCCGUCUUCAGAGGCAACCCAGACCAGUUCUUCACUGUGCCGAUGGAAGGACGAGCCUUGGCCCCUCUGGAAGGAUCGAGUCUGACCAACGGAAAUCCCACUAGCUCCACCAGCGACGCAGGACAGUUUUCCCACAUGAACGGAACUGAUGAUGAUAUUCUUUUUGCAGCUCUCCCCACCGUCGAGGAUUUCUUCGAAAACUGGAUGAUCGGUGUUGGCAAUCAGGAUACAGAGUUCACAUUCCUUGAAUGAAUAAAGAAGGUUCAAUUUCAAUCAAUCUCCAUCAAUCUCGCAGGCUUGUUCUUCAGUGGGAUGGUCGGUCGAUGGUCACUCGGGGGACCAAUUGCCCCUUUUCGUCCGCCGGCCACAACAUCCAUAUCCCAGAUAUACAGAACUUCAGGCCAGCGGCGACGAAAAAUACCGACGGAAUGCCUCCUCGGCUUCUACUCAACCAUCCGCCGGAAAUAGCCCCAAUUAACAGGGCGGCCACAGCGAUUAAACGCCGAUUCCUGGGAAGGUUCAUCUUCAGGCCCUGCAGGAACUUCACAUCCGAGGCAAGCCCAAAAUAGACGCUCGUCAGCACAGUUGUGGGAAUUUCUUUGAAACCGAGAACUUCGCCAGUCCAGACUUGUCCUCCAGCUUGAAACCCAAGGAAGACUAGUGGAAUGAGAACCAUCAUCGAUUCGGAGUCCUUGACUGCGUCUGGUACAACCUUUGCUUGCACGAGGACGGCAGCCACAACCAGGCAGCUUCCUUGCACCAGGAAAGAUGUCGCCAACGUCCCUCGACUCCUUGGAUUACGGUUCCGGCUCGUCGAAAAAACGAAACAGCCCACCACAAACGCGAGAAUUGCUAUCAGCGAGCGAAGCCAACCAUAAGGCUUUGAAAUUGGUAAUCCUGCUGCACCAAGUCCCAGGAAGAUGGUAUUGCCUGCAGUUCGACGUGAGCGGUUCCAUUCUUCCAGGCAAGCUCGCCAACUGACUGCAAGCUUGAGAACCGGAGGAUGGACGUACCUGUCUGCAUACAGACGAAACAACUCCAGGCAUUGAAUGCACCACUGUCACAAAGGCCAGAAAGAAAGCUGCACAUCAAUAGAAUGAUGUCCGAAUGCUUGAUGCGGAUGUCUUGUCUCCAAUGCUUCAAGAGACGAGAUUGUUUCGACUGGGUCACGACCACUGAAGCAUUCUUUUCGGGGUCGGCUUCGAAAACGACGGAGUUCAGAGGCAUUGCGGGCAUCUGGUGAAGCCGCCUUGGUCAGUGAUAAAUUAACCCAUGUGAAGCCUUUGUGAAUACCAACAUCGAAUAUUUGGGCCCAUCAUGGACGGGUAUGCAGCUGUCGCGGCUAACAGGGAAAGGCCGACGCAGACCGGCGGAGAUUGAUGAACUCCGCAAUGCAAAUCAUCAUCACAAAUUCGAACUGUAACAAUCUCUCCGGCCCACGGCUGUCCAGUUGAAAUGACAGCACCCAUGACACAUCGGAUGCUAUAAUCGGUUUUCUAUUUCAUCACAGAGGUGACCUCCCAAUGGUCUGGAGCUCGAGCAACGGUAUUCUUGAUCCAUUCAAUCAUGUGACGCCAAUAUGCAUUCAUGUCUCUACACGUGUUUGUGCAUUGAAUCGUAUCAUUCGGAGAUGGCAAACGUACUCUCUACCUCCACAAUGUCGUCCUAAUCAAAUUGUCAGAUGUUGCUAAUGACCAAACGUCACAGGGUUGAGGAUCACUUGGUUGAGUCUCGACACUUCUACUAUCGAGCGUGGCGGGAAGGGGACCUCUCCCCAGAUCUCUUUCUGCGCUUCAUUCACGAGAGGCCUAUAUUGUGGCAUGUCCGUGGUGUAUCUAUGCAUAUCAGCAAAGCUAAGUCUCAAACACAGGCCUUAGGAGGCCUACACUACAAGGCGUAUGCAGUCCCCUACUGUGGCGCCAGCAGCCUCCAUUACCAUGCACAUGUUCUGAAAGGCUGUUGAUGAUUAGCUCGUGAGACAUAUCUGAAUUCGACGAAGGUACCUUUCAGUACCCGAGGAUACGCAGG